AUGAGAAUUACUACAGAAGAAGAAAGAAAGGCACAUAACAACUACGUGCUUCUUGGAGGAUUGAAAGGUAUCGCGGUUGGUUUUGCUGUUUCCGCAGGUAUAUUUGCGUACGCACGUUUCAAAUAUCCUAAGAAGCUUGCUUCCUGGACAUACUCAAUGAAAACAGCCGUUGCAAUCACCCCUCCAGCAUUUGGUGCGACUGUUGCUGGAGAGCUUGCAUCUCAGGGAUUUAGUGAAAAAUAUGAUACUCCGAAUGUCAAUAUGAACGAGGCCGUUAAGGAGGAGCAAAAAGAAUGGUCGUCUAUGACACAGAGCCAAAAGAUUAUCAGUUCCAUAAAUAGCAAUAAAUAUAAAAUCAUCACUGGACUUUGGGCUGCUUCACUAUGGGGAUCUUGGAAAUAUGCAAGUAGGGACAAAUUGAUGAGCAAGGCCCAGCAGUUUUAUGAUGCGCGUAUGUAUGCACAGUUCGUUACAAUCAUUUUAUUACUAGGUUCUAUCGGUUUGAGUAUGAUGGAUGAAAACAAGUCCAAGGCUAAAAAUAUCGAAAAUAAAGCUGACGAUGACUACAUGAGACAGAUAAUGUUCCAGGCCGAACAGGCUAAACAGGCUCAAAAGGAGAAGGAGAAUAGGAAAGUACAAGAAUGA